AUGUCUCCUCCCUUCCGAUACGUGGCCUCCGUAGCGAGCUUCAUCGCCGCAAUCCCUUCUGCCAUGGCUGGCUUCAGCCCUGGCUCUCAGCAGAACGUAGCCGUCUACUGGGGACAAAACUCUUUUGGACAAGGGAGUGGCCCGAACAUUCAACAGAACUUGGCAUACUACUGCGAGAACACUGAUAUUGCUAUUAUCCCACUCGCGUUCAUGAACGGCAUUUCUCCCCCAAUCACCAAUUUUGCCAGCGCUGGGGACAAAUGUGACAAGUUCCCCGACAACCCAAACCUUCUUAAAUGCCCAGAGAUUGAACAAGAUAUCAAGACAUGCCAGACCAAGUAUGGCAAGACAAUCGUCCUUUCACUAGGCGGUGCUACCUAUACUCAAGGCGGCUGGUCCUCAAGCGGUGACGCCGAGAAGGCCGCUCAGUCGGUCUGGGACAUGUUCGGCCCAGUUCCCUCUGGCAGCAACGUUGACCGACCUUUCGGAUCGGCGGUUGUAGACGGCUUUGACUUUGAUUUUGAGUCGUCGGCCAACAAUCUUCCCGCCUUUGGUGCAAAGCUGCGAAGCCUAAUGGAUGGCGCUGGUGGGAAAAAGUUCUACCUUACCGCCGCACCGCAGUGUGUCUUCCCUGAUGCCGCCGUUGGUUCUACGCUCGACGCUGUUGCAUUCGACUUCAUUAUGAUCCAGUUCUACAACAAUUGGUGUGGCGUUUCCAACUUUCAGCCAGGCUCUGACACCCAAAACGCAUUCAACUUUGAUGUCUGGGACAAGUGGGCCAAGGGCAGCAAGAACCCUAAUGUCAAGGCCUUCCUUGGUAUUCCAGCCAAUACUGGUGCUGGCGGCGGUUAUACCAAUGGCGACAAGCUCAAGGCCGCCAUCGAAUACUCCAAAAAGUUCAGCAGCUUUGGCGGUGUUAUGAUGUGGGACAUGUCUCAACUAUAUGCUAACAAUGGCUUCCUCGGUGAGGUGGUCAGCGACCUGGCUUAA